ACACAUGCACCCUUUCAGCCUGGCGCCCUGGGGUGAUGCGAUGCCCUGGAUUCAAAUCGAGGAGCAGGAAACACGCCAGGUGACAGUGAGAGCGCAGUAUUGUUAUUCACAGGCGCGUUCAUGUUUAAAGAAACGCUUCCUGCCUUCUGGCUCACGCCUAUGUGUCCUCAGGUUAUGACAAGUGUUUUCUCACAUAAGUGGAAUUAAAACCACACCGGUGAGCCACAGAGACCAUACUGUAUGCCACAGUGUUUCCACAGACACGUUGUGUAACUUUCUGCUGUCUUUGGGCUCAGCUGUGCUUUUCCCUGAGCCUACAGCGCCAUCUGGUGGACCGAGGGCGCUAGAGCAGCCGAUGGAUGGAUAAACUUGGAAAACUGUGCCGUCCACCUGCACCACAGGGAGACUAGUUAACGUCUCCUAAGUCCGAUCCAUUGUGUGAAACCAUCAGCCAGCGCACACUAAAUCAGCUUGAUUGCAUGCCAAGAAGCAGAUAAAAGACUCGGAGUAGCGGCGCAGGAGUGGCCACGGCCAAAAGCGGCGAUUCAGAUCAGAUUUCACCUAAACCAGCUGGGAGCGAGACCGAGAGAGGGUUUGUCAGUCUCCCUCCUCCCAAAUCCAGAAAAGCUUACCGAGGAAAAAAGGAGGAGUGUCGGCUCUGAGAGAGACGCAGAGGAAUCCGGAGGAAUUUCCGAGGAUAUUUUCCCCUUCCUUCCCCCCGUCUUGAUAUUAAAAUUGAAAAGUUGGAGGCGAGGCAGCAGGGGCCGUGGUCGAGGAUGGACGAGCAGCCUCGCUUGAUGCACUCCCACGGGGUAGGCAUGGCCGGACACCCCGGCCUGGCGCAGCAUAUGCAGGACGGCACGGCGGGGACGGACGGAGAGGGGAGGAAGCAGGACAUCGGAGACAUAUUACAGCAAAUCAUGACCAUCACAGACCAAAGCUUAGAUGAAGCGCAGGCGAGGAAACAUGCACUGAACUGCCACAGAAUGAAACCGGCUCUCUUCAACGUCUUAUGUGAAAUAAAGGAGAAAACAGUGCUCAGCAUCCGAGGCGCCCAGGAGGAGGAGCCGCCCGACCCGCAGCUGAUGCGACUGGACAACAUGCUGCUGGCCGAGGGCGUGGCCGGCCCGGAGAAGGGCGGCGGCUCGGCGGCGGCCGCCGCCGCCGCGGCCGCCACCGGCGGCGUCGGCGCCGACAACUCGGCGGAGCACUCGGACUACCGGGCCAAGCUGUCCCAGAUACGGCAAAUCUACCACACGGAGCUGGAGAAGUACGAGCAGGCGUGCAAUGAGUUCACCACCCAUGUGAUGAACCUGCUGAGGGAGCAGUCUCGAACACGGCCCAUCUCGCCCAAGGAGAUCGAGCGCAUGGUCAGUAUCAUCCACCGCAAGUUCAGCUCCAUCCAGAUGCAGCUGAAGCAGAGCACCUGCGAGGCCGUCAUGAUCCUGCGCUCGCGCUUCCUGGACGCCAGGCGAAAGAGGAGGAACUUCAACAAGCAGGCGACAGAGAUCCUCAACGAGUAUUUCUACUCCCAUCUCAGUAACCCGUAUCCCAGCGAAGAGGCCAAAGAGGAACUGGCCAAGAAAUGUGGCAUCACGGUUUCACAGGUAACCAGAAUCAGACGGAUCAGCCCCGAAACCCCCCCCCCCCCCCCCCCACACACACACACACUGAAACAACCUGUCCGCGUCCUGUUGCUGGUGUCUUGGCAGGUAUCGAACUGGUUCGGGAACAAGCGAAUCCGAUACAAGAAAAACAUAGGCAAGUUCCAGGAAGAGGCCAACAUGUACGCGGCGAGGACCGCCGUCAAUGCGACCAGUGUUUCGGCUCACGGCAGCCAGGCCAACUCCCCGUCCACCCCCAACUCAGCAGGUUCCGCCGGCUCUUUUAACAUGUCAAACUCCGGAGACUUGUUCAUGAGUGUGCAGUCCCUCAAUGGGGACUCGUACCAAGGGGGGCAGGUGGGGGCCAACAUACAAUCCCAGGUGGAUACCCUUCGCCAUGUUAUCAGCCAGACCGGAGGAUACAGUGACAGCCUCGCAGCCAGCCAGAUGUACAGUCCACAGGGCAUCAACACAAAUGGUGGCUGGCAAGAUGCUCCGACUCCUUCGUCAGUGACAUCGCCCACAGAAGGACCCGGGAGCGUUCACUCGGAUACUUCCAAUUGAAUACGUCCAUCUCCACAUCCUCAUCCACAACGAAACAUGGACUGACCUUGAUAUUCACAGUAUUAAACAAAGGAAUUCACCGUCCCACACUUUGGAGAGUUACUGUGAAAUCCCAAGCGAGAAAAAAAAAUAAAUGAUAACAAUUCCUCUGCUAAUACUAUUGGACAUUUGAGAUACAAACAAAAGGUUUCGCAAAUAAUGAUACAGCAAUUAACUGAGACGUUUGUACAGAUUUCACAUUAUAUUCAGAGGGCUGGGGUUACUUAUUCACUCGUAAUGUUUUCACUCUGUAAGAUGAGAUAAAAUAUGAUAAGGUACAUAAAUCAAAUCAUUGCUUUUAACUGAAAAUACUCCAUUCUACCUCUCAGCCACAAAAAAAUUAGAAAAAUGUCAGUGACCAUUAUUUGUUUUGUAAAAAUGAAACUUUUCGUCUUCGCGAGCAAGAGGCACAUCUUCUUACUUACAUUUCGUUGUCUCACCUACUCUAUGGUACGCCAUUUAGACCUAAAUAUUGCUCAGUUGUUUACAAUGUGUGCUUGAUAAAAAGAAAGCUAUGUCCAUCCUCCCGUCCGUCUCAAACCAGUCGACACAGAGUUCUGCCAGGAGGCCGUACCUCCGAGUUAACCCUGUUCGGUGCGUUAUCUGUAGAACAAUCAAAUAAAUCCUUGUCAUCGACUCAGACAAGCUUGACAUCAUUCAUCAAGGCACAAAACACAACUUAACUAAUUGUUUUACACCCUGUUGAUUUUGGGUUUUGCAGCAAAUUGCUAGAGUGACAAUGACAGAAUUACAUGAAUCAGUGAGAUUUGUUGCAAUUUGUUCUUUUUUUUAUCUGGAGAAAACAUAUCUGAAUCCAUCCUGAUAUUUCAAUAGAUUUUUCAGCAGAAGAAACUUUUUCUUAAUUAUGCCAAAAUGCUGACGUAACCAAAACAACACUGGCAAAAUUAAAGUCCGUUUCAAUUCUUUUUACAUAAACAUUGCUUUCCAACCGUCGUCUGUCAUUUAGCUCUGGUGCUACGGUCGCGUUAAAGGAAAUCCAAGGAGAAAAAUCACGUUCGACUCAAGACAAAGUUCGUCAAAGACGUCUGUAACCGAGUUUGUUUUUCAAUACAUGAACCACAAUCCACUUAAACAGGGAAGUCAUUAUGUUAAUAGAGUUUUACGUGCGUACACAGUGGCUCCUCGUUGCUGAAUAUAUAGCCCAGGGAUGCUCGUGGAAUGGGGCCACUUGUCUUCACCCUGACGGAAGCAUCUGGGAGCACCUGACGCGCUGCUCAGCCGAGGACACGCUGGCGUGAAGGCGACGUUCGGUUUCCCCCGGUUUCGUUGACCCGUGUCCUCUUCUCGGCGUUUCCUCACAUAUACGACAUAUUAUUACGCUGGUACUGCUUGAGUAACCCUAUUGACACCAAAACAAAUGUAGACAUCGGAGGUCAUGCUUGUCUCACUACUAUCAGACUGAUUUCUUUCAGUAUCAGACAUUUAUGAAGAUUGUAAAUGUUAAACAUUAAGCACUAAAGAAGGGACAUGUCAUUAUGUCAAAUAAUGUGUAUUCUGAGCAGUCUAACCUUGUUUAUAGACACUUUAUGUUGUGUGGCCUAUUUGGUUUUUGUAUUUUCUUGUUUUUUUUAUUGUUAUGCUUAAUGUAGCUUAUUACUUUUUGCUUUACUACUCUCGUGAAUUAGCUCAUGAACUUUCAACAUGUGUUUAUGUGCACCAUCGUGCUUGACUUGCUUUGUUGGAAAGGGUUUUCAACACAUUAAAAAUGAUAUGUAAUACA